AUGGAGUGCUGGGCACGCCGCUUGGUGGCUACUGCAGCAUGCGUUGUGCUUCCAUUUGGGCUUGUCCAGAUCUGGCGACAACCUUCCUUUAUGCACGAACUGCCAAAGCUUUUGCGGAUGCAGGGACCGACUGCCACGUUAGAUACGUUUCUGGAAGCAGGAGUCAGGGAAGUGGCUGUUGCAUCACGUGACUCCGCAAACAGAGAAGUCCAGAAGCCAGUCACUACCGCUGUCCCGACGGAUGAAAUCACGACGAGCUCUGCCUUGUCGACGACGACUCAUUCUGUUGCAUUUGUUGGUUGCCCUAAGUUGGAUUUCCUGGGCGGAGCCACUUUGCCCAUGCCUUUGAAGACGGUGGGCAGGUUGCAUACAAAGGAAAGUGAUUGGGCAGAGCGCUUCAACCUUUCGUCCUUAAUUGUCAAUGCAGGAAAUGUGUCCACCCUGCCUUACAUGUUGGGAGCAUGGGGCAACUACCAUAUGGUAGUGUACCACGCUCAGAAGUCGCCAACGGCAGUUGUUUUCAUGAGCACCACAGCCAACAUUCUAAGCCAGAAAAUUGCGAAAGUCUGCCUCACCCUUAAUUUCGCAUAUGCUUUGGAGCACGGCUUGGAUUUUGUGGGUUUGAGCAUUCCAUGUUGGCGAACAAAGUUGGGUGCCGGAUGGGUGAAGCCAUGGGGCCUCCAAGAGGCCGUGCGGCAGGAAUACAUUCGCAGUCCAUGGGUGCUCAUUUUGGACCAUGAUGCCACUGUUAACCCGAAGUAUUGGGGGGAGGAUUUGUUGAGUACCCUGAGAGAAAGGUAUCAUGCAGAUGGAGACGAGUGGGUUGCGAUCUGCGAGUCCGAACCCCUGCCAGGGAAGAAGAUGAUUACCGUUUCCGAGGACAUCUGCAAAGCCGAUGGCACAACCACUUGCAGCUAUCGCGGGCAGGAGCAGUGCAUCCACGAGGUGGACCGAUGUAUCAAAAAUCGGAAACAUGCUUUGGAGAAAGCAGCUGGCACAAAGUGGUGGAAGAAAAACGAGGGAUGCAACAUUGGUGCCUUAUUCCUUUGGCUGCCUCGUUACAGGGAUGAGAAGCUCAAAUAUCUUGACACUUGGCUUGGUGCCCGAUUUAGAGGCGACUGUUUGAUGAGCUACGAUCUAGCGACGUUCAAGUCUGACCAAGGAGCCUUCAAUUAUUGCUUCUUGCCCUAUCAUCACAAAGAAAUAAUGUUGGUGAAAGGCGGCUCCUUUGCGCCUUGGAACUGGCCGGCUAAAUCUCAAUUCAUCGUUCAUGGGAAGCAGAAUGACUUCCUCAAGAUGCUUCGUGGAGUUUGCAAGAAGCUGCGACGGGUGCCGGCAUCUGUGCGACACGUUGUAUGUGGAGAGUGA